AAGCCGGAGGAUGCGGUUCUAGGACCCGGAGGCGCCGCCGAGCGCGCCGCCGCCACGGCCUCGCCUCGGUCGCCUCCCUCUCCAGCAGGUGAAGCGGCACCGGCCGCCCGCUCUGCGGCAGGUGAAGCGGGUCGGCAGCCCCCUCCCCGCGGCUCCAUGGCUGCGGUGGUCCCCCGGCCGGCGCCCGGCGCCCGCCCCCUCCCUCCAGCCCGCCCCCCUGGGGCUGGGUGCGCAGUGGCGGCGGCGAACUGCGGUUUGCGCGCACCGAGAGCGACAGCAGAAGUUCGAAAUUCGCGGAGGGGGGAGCCCGCGCCGCAGCUUCCUGCCCCCGGCCCAGCCCUCUGGCCCCGGCGGCCUGCAGCCUGACUUCCUCCCCCAACCCUGCAGCUCGCCGCCCGGCGCCCUCGGACGGGGCCGCCCCGAUGGGACGUCGCACCCCGGUCCCUGCGCGCCGCUGAGCCAAGCGCCCGCCGUCGCCGAGCCCCCCACCGACGCCGCAAGCCGCUGUCCCCUCGAUUCCCGGGCCAGGAACCUAGUCCCUGUCCCCCAGAAAGCUGGAUUUCCGAGGUUGGAGGCGCCUGGCUGGCUGGGUGGGGACCACCAUGGGCAAUGCGGCCGGCAGCGCCGAGCAGCCCGCUGGCCCGGCGGUGCCGUCCCCCAAGCAGCCUGCUGCCCCCAAGCAGCCGAUGCCCGCGGCGGGAGAGCUGGAAGAGAGGUUUAACCACGUCCUGAACUGCAUGAACUUGCCCCCAGACAAGGUUCAGCUACUGAGCCAGUAUGACAACGAGAAGAAGUGGGAGCUCAUCUGUGACCAGGAGAGGUUUCAAGUCAAGAACCCCCCUGCAGCCUACAUCCAAAAGCUGAAGAGCUACCUGGAUACUGGUGGGGUCAGCCGAAAGGUAGCAGCUGAUUGGAUGUCCAACCUGGGGUUUAAGAGGCGAGUUCAAGAGUCCACGCAGGUGCUUCGGGAGCUGGAGACAUCUCUGAGGACAAAUCACAUUGGGUGGGUGCAGGAAUUUCUCAACGAAGAGAACCGCGGCCUGGAUGUGCUCCUUGAGUACCUGGCCUUUGCCCAGUGCUCUGUCACGUAUGACAUGGAAAGCAUAGACAAUGGUGCUUCCAAUUCAGAGAAGAACAAACCCCUGGAGCAGUCGGUGGAGGAUCUCAGCAAGGGUCCACCUGCAUCCAUGCCCAAAAGUCGUCACCUGACCAUCAAGUGCCCCCCUUCUCCCCGGCUGACCCCGGCCCACAGCAGAAAGGCCUUGCGAAAUUCCCGCAUUGUCAGCCAGAAGGAUGAUGUCCACGUCUGCAUCAUGUGCUUGCGUGCCAUCAUGAACUACCAGUCUGGCUUCAGCCUUGUCAUGAACCAUCCAGCCUGUGUCAAUGAGAUUGCUCUGAGCCUAAACAACAAGAACCCCAGAACCAAGGCUCUGGUGCUGGAGCUGCUGGCAGCUGUGUGCCUGGUUCGGGGAGGACAUGACAUCAUCCUUGCGGCCUUUGACAACUUCAAGGAGGUGUGUGGGGAGCAGCACCGCUUUGAAAAGCUGAUGGAAUAUUUCCGGAAUGAGGACAGCAACAUCGACUUCAUGGUGGCCUGCAUGCAAUUCAUCAACAUUGUGGUACACUCAGUAGAGAACAUGAACUUCCGUGUCUUCCUGCAAUAUGAAUUCACCCACCUGGGCCUGGACCUGUACUUGGAGAGGCUCCGCCUGACCGAGAGCGACAAGCUGCAGGUGCAGAUCCAGGCGUAUCUGGACAAUGUCUUUGACGUGGGCGCCCUCUUGGAGGACACGGAGACCAAGAAUGCUGUGCUGGAACACAUGGAAGAGCUGCAGGAGCAGGUGGCGCUGCUGACAGAGCGGCUUCGGGACGCGGAGAACGAAUCCAUGGCCAAGAUCGCGGAACUGGAAAAACAGCUGAGCCAGGCUCGCAAGGAGUUGGAGACCCUGCGGGAGCGCUUCAGCGAAUCGACCGCAGUGAGUGCCUCCAGACAUGCCCCGGAGCCUGAGAAAGUGCCUCCCCCAGCCCUGGCGCGGCCCUCCGCCCUGGAGCUCAAGGUGGAGGAGCUGGAGGAGAAGGGGUUAAUCCGUAUCCUGCGGGGGCCCGGGGAUGCGGUCUCCAUUGAAAUCCUCCCGGUCGCUGUGGCAACUCCGAACGGGAGUGAUGCUCUAACUCCGGGGGUGUUCGCUGGCUCCCCCAGCCCAGGUAUCCAACCUGCAGCAGAGCGGGUCCCUGGAGUCGCACCACCGCCGCCACCGCCACCGCCACCUCCACCGCCCCCACUCCCCUCCCAGCAGGAAGCCUCGUCCCUGGCACCCCCACCGGCCCCGCCCCUCCCAGGUAGCCCGGAGCCCCCGCCCGCGCCACCGCUGCCCGGAGACCUGCCGCCCCCGCCCCCGCCACCACCGCCGCCUGGUACUGACGGGCCGGUGCCUCCGCCGCCCCCACCGCCUCUGGGAGGUCUCUCUGAUGUCCUUGGAGGGCCUGGGCAAGAAUUGGGCCCAGGAGUGAAGGCCAAGAAACCCAUCCAGACCAAGUUCCGAAUGCCACUCUUGAACUGGGUGGCCCUGAAACCCAGCCAGAUCACUGGCACUGUCUUCACAGAACUCAAUGAUGAGAAGGUGCUGCAGGAGCUGGACAUGAGUGACUUUGAGGAGCAGUUCAAGACCAAGUCCCAAGGCCCUAGCCUGAACCUCAGUGCUCUCAAGAGUAAGGUAGCCCAGAAGGCCCCCAGCAAGGCAACACUCAUCGAGGCCAACAGGGCCAAGAACCUGGCCAUCACCCUGCGCAAGGGCAACCUAGGGGCUGACCGCAUCUGCCAGGCCAUUGAGGUGUACGACCUGCAGGCACUAGGCCUGGACUUCCUGGAGCUAUUGACUCGCUUCCUGCCCACGGAGUAUGAGCGCAGCCUUAUUGCUCGCUUUGAGCAGGAGCAGCGGCCAGAGGAGGAGCUGUCAGAGGAGGACCGCUUCAUGCUGCGUUUCAGCCGUAUCCCGCGCCUGCCAGAGCGCAUGGCCACGCUCACCUUCUUGGGCAACUUCCCUGACACAGUCCAGCUGCUCAUGCCGGUGUGGGCGGGGCGGGCAGGGCGGUGUGGCCUGGGCUGGCAACUGAAUGCCAUCAUUGCAGCCUCAAUGUCCAUCAAGUCCUCAGACAAACUCCGCCAGAUUUUGGAGAUUGUCCUGGCCUUUGGCAACUACAUGAACAGCAGCAAGCGUGGAGCAGCCUAUGGCUUCCGGCUCCAGAGCCUGGAUUCGCUGUUGGAGAUGAAGUCGACUGACCGCAAGCAGACGCUGCUGCACUACCUGGUGAAGGUCAUUGCUGAGAAGUACCCACAGCUCACAGGCUUCUACAGCGAUCUGCACUUUCUGGACAAGGCGGGUUCAGUGUCCCUGGACAGUGUCUUGGGAGAUGUGCGCUCUCUGCAGCGAGGCCUGGAGUUGACACAGCGGGAGUUUGUGCGGCAGGAUGACUGUGUGGUUCUCAAAGAGUUCUUGAGGGCCAAUUCGCCCACCAUGGACAAGCUGCUAGUAGAUAGCAAGACUGCUCAGGAGGCUUAUGAGUCUGUGGUGGAGUACUUUGGAGAAAACCCCAAGACCACAUCCCCGAGCCUGUUCUUUUCCUUCUUUAGCCGCUUUAUCAAGGCCUACAAGAAAGCUGAGCAGGAGGUGGAACAGUGGAAGAAAGAAUCAGCUGCCCAGGAGGCAGGCACUGACACCAUGAGCAAAGGGGAGUCCCCUGCACCCAAGUCCCCACCCAAGGCUCGGCGACAACAGAUGGACCUUAUCUCUGAGCUGAAACGGAAGCAGCAGAAGGAGCCACUCAUCUAUGAGAGUGACCGUGAUGGGGCCAUUGAAGACAUCAUCACAGUGCUCAAGACAGUGCCCUUCACUGCCCGCACUGGCAAGCGGACAUCCCGGCUUCUCUGUGAGGCCAGCCUGGGAGAGGAGAUACCCCUCUAAGCCCCCAGAUCUGCGGAACCAGCCCUACAUCCGCGCAGACACAGGCCGCCGCAGUGCCCGCCGGCGUCCCCCAGGCCCCCCGCUGCAGGUCACCUCUGACCUCUCUCUGUAGCCGCUACAUCUACACAGGUGGAUUUUGCAGGGCAGGAUGCCGCCCUGGGCAGGCUAGAGCUCAAGGAAGGUGGUCCUGAGCUCGGCUGGGCCGGGCAGCUCCCGCCUCUGCUGUCCCUGCCCUGGGCCCGCCUCAGAUGGUCCAGCACAUCCUCCUCUUGCCACAGAGGUCAACAUUGUUGGCCCCUCGCCCCAGAUGCUGCUCGCAGCACCCCCUAUCCCCUCCAAAUAGCCAUACUUAGUCUCAGCAGGAGCCUGGCCUGUAACUUAUAAAGUGCACCUCAUCCUCCCAACUCCCAGACCCGAGGACUCUCUAAGGACCUUAUUUUUAUACGAGAUUAAUAAAGACCUUUGCAAAA